UUUUUUUCAUUGCAGCUCCGAAAAUUAUUGCAAUAUUUUGGAAGCAAGACCAACGAAUCAAUCUGGAUCUGCAACGGAAACAUACUAUAUCAGUGUCUAGUCUAACGUAUUGUCACAACUCUAUAUAGAUUAACGGUAGCUAGUAAGGCAGACGCUCUUGAUGAAUAUUGGCCAGGAAGAUCAUACGCAACACUCGCAGCAGUCGCACACACAUCCACACCCACAUCCGCAUCCACAUUCGCAUCAGCAGGCGAUCGGCAAUCGCAGCCGCAGCCGCAGCCGUAGCGCAGAUCCACACAGUGUCCCGGGUGCCGUUGCUGCUGGGGCCGCUCCAUCUGACCAUCCCGGCCUGCUGCUUGGCUACCGCUAUACGCUGCCGCCCGGCCAUGAUCAUCGACUGCACAUCGAGCAGCUCAGGCGCUCCGCUGGGAGCGAGCGGCAAGUGAGAAGUCCCCACAGCAGUUCCAUGGUUAUGACACCCAGUCGACGCAGCUCGCCGUCGCCGUUGCCGCUGCCGCUGCCGACGCGCCAUGCACUAAGCGCUGGCUCCGUUGGCCCAACUGCCCAGCAGACCCAGUCCCAGUCCCAGACCCAAGCUCAGGCUCAAGCACAGGCCCAGGCCCAGGCUCAUGCACAGACACCGACCCAGACGCAGUGCAUGAACGCUCACUUUUUACACUUCCAGUCGCAGCUGCAUCAGAAGCUAUCCGCCAGCUACUUUCGCAACCAGCCCUCGCCAUCGCCAACGGAACGUGAACGUGAACGUGAACGAGAGCGCGAUCGGGAGCGCAACAUUUGCGGCACCGGCUCUGGAUCCGGCACAUCGCCGCCGGCGACGAGCAUGAGCGCAGCGCAUCUGAAUCCGUUGAGCGAUCUGCAGAAUAUGCAGCCCUUUGACUUUCGCAAAAUCAACUCGUUCGGUGGGCCGCCGAACGCGACGGAUUUCGUGCACCACCAGCAUCUGCAGCAGCAGGCGGCGGUGCUGGCGCAGGCGCGUCGCCGCAUCAAUGAGGCGACCACAGCGGGCGGGAAGAACGCUGCGAUGGCAGCGGCGGCGGCAGCUGCUGCGGCUGCUGCCCAGAGCAAUCAGUUCUUUAGCGCCAUGGCCAUGGCUGGGCAUCCGUUGCCGUAUCACUUGCCACCACCGCCACCCCCACCGCCGCCACCGCCGCAGCAGCAACAGCAGCAGCAGCAGCAGCAACAACAACAACAACAGCAGCAGCAAUCGAACAACAAUCAGGUGUCGUUGGCCGGCAGCGUCCCAGAACUUAGUCACGGCCAUGGGCCGCACUCGCCAAAUCACGCACAGAUGAAUCACAGUCACAGUCACGGCCACAGUCACGGCCACGGUCACGGCCACGGCCAUGGCCACAGUCACAGCCAGUAUCACCAGCACUCGCAUUCACAUCAUCACAAGGCCGGACAACCCACCUCGCCGGAGGAUUCGAGCAUCUCGAGCAAAUCUCGUCACUUGGCCGCCGCCAUGGCCGGCGACAAGUCGAACAGCAGCUGCUCCUCGUCCAGUGCGUCGGGCACACAGCCGACUAGCGGAUCGCAGCGCUUGACACGCCUGGCCCUGGCCUCCGGCUCUGGCUCGGGCACCGGAUCCGGCUCGAAUAUGCGCGCCAGCCGCAAAUCGGGCCACUCGCCGGGCAGCAAGCGCCAAUGGGGCACGAUGCCGGCCAACCUGGGCACGCAGUUCAUCAAUCCAGUGACCGGCAAGAAGCGCGUCCAGUGCAAUGUCUGCCUGAAGACCUUCUGCGACAAGGGCGCCCUCAAGAUCCACUUCUCGGCGGUGCAUCUGCGCGAGAUGCACAAGUGCACGGUGGACGGCUGCAGCAUGAUGUUCAGCUCGCGGCGUUCGCGCAAUCGUCACAGCGCCAAUCCGAAUCCGAAGCUGCAUUCGCCGCACUUGCGCCGCAAGAUCUCGCCCCAUGACGGACGCAGCGCUCAGCCGCAUCCGCUGCUGCUGCAGGCGCCGAACGGCAUCAUGGCGGGCCUGGGCCCGUUCGGCAGCUUCCCGCUGCUGACACCGCCGCCCGAUCUGCGACACCAUGCGAUGGGCGGCAUGGAGCUGAAGCAUGGCCAGGACUAUCUGCGGCGCUCCUACAUGGACAGCAACGGCAUGCUCGGCCGCUACGAGGGACAGCGCCGCAAGACGGCGCUCGAGCCGGGCGACGAGGAGGAUGACGAUGAUGAGAUACUCGAGGUGGGCAUCCACAUGCCCGAUGACGACGACGAUGAUGACGAGGCGGAUGGCGAGGGGGAUGGCGACGAUGAUGACGAUGAUCCCGAUGGAGAUGGCAUUGUUGUGGUCGGAGAUGAGCUGGACAGCAUUCCCGACAAGGACAAGCACAGCCACGACGAUUAUAUGCUGGACAAUGGCAACGAGAGCGACGAGCGCUCCACCUCGGCCAUCUCCAGCCACAGCCUCAGUCACAGUCUCGGUCACAGUCACGCUCACAAUCUCAGUCAGAGUCACAAUCUCAGUCACAGUCACAGUCAAACCAAAGAACAACAACAGCCAAGCCCAUGUCCGAGCAAAGCUGAGCCGGAGGCUGAUGAACAGCACGAGGACUCACAGAGCCUCACCGACUCCUCGCACGCCCUCGGCCAGACGACGGCGAGCAAACGCAAACGCAAAAGCCAAAAUCCGGUGCGCUGCACCGUGCAAUCGGAUGAGAACUCUUGCGACAAUUCACUGGAUAACUACGAUGUGGCCGCCGACCUGUCCAUUAAGAAGAUCAAGCUCAAGGAGGAGGAUGUGGAUGCAGUGGCUGCCGCAGCAGCAGCCGCCGCAGCAGCAGCCGCAGCCGCAGCAGCAGCCGUAAUUGGAACAGAUGCGCCAUUGGCCGCCCAGCUGGGCGCAACAGCCAAAGAAGCCGAGGUGUUAACCGGCUCCACAGAGUCCACCAAGGCGAUACCCUCGCCCCCGCUGACGCCCUACACCAGCGAGGCCAAGUCGCACAUUAAGAUGGAGCUCGAAGACGACGACGAGGAGGAGGUGCAGCAGCCAAAGGCUGUGCCACAGUCGGAUCCAUACGGCCACCCAGACGAGGCAGUUGGCACGCUCGAUCUGUCGCUGAGCACGACCAGUGGCUCGAUUAUCAAGCAGGAGCCGUUGGAUGAGCUGGCCCUGAGCUAUGGCGCCGAUGCGGACGAGAAUCGUUAUAUGCGCAUCAAGCAGGAGCUGCUGGGCGACGAUGAGCCCAGCUUUGGUCGCGCGGCGGUCGAGGAGUGCCUGAGCAAGACCAGCAACAACAACAACAUCAUAUUGACUGAAAACCUGACGAGCAAGAGCCGCGACUCCAAUGGCAGCAUCAAGGCAAAAGCGGAGCGUGUACGAGAGUCCGAGCACGAACCAGAACCGGAAGCAGAACCACCAGAGCCUGAGCCCGAACCGGAGCCAGAGCCCGAACCAGAGGUACCCAUCGACAAGGAGAAUCCAUUGAAGUGCACCGCCUGCGGUGACAUCUUUCAGAACCACUUCCACCUGAAGACCCACUACCAAAGCGUCCACCUGAAGCUCCAUCACAAGUGCAACAUCGACGGCUGCAAUGCGGCCUUCCCCUCGAAGCGCAGCCGCGAUCGCCACAGCUCGAACCUCAACUUGCAUCGCAAGCUGCUCUCCACCAGCGACGAGCACAAUCUGCUGCUGCCGCCCGAUCCGCUGCUGGAGCUGAUGAACAUCAACAACAACAAGGCCUUCGGUAGUGCUGGCGUAGCCGCAGGCGGUCCCGUUGCCGCAGCCGGUGGCAUGCCCAGCAACAUUCACGCCGAGAUUUUGGCACGCAUCUGUGCGGGCGCACACGGGCUAAGCAUGCCGCUCUGUUUCGAGGCACUGCAGCAUCGUUUCCAUGCUGGCCCCGGCCACGGCCAGGUGCCUGUUGGAUUCGCUGAUCCGAAUGUCAAUGUCAAUGCGACUCCGAAUCCGAAUCCGAAUCCGGGCUUCAUGCCGGCAACCGAUCCACGUCUGCUGCUCAAUCAUGCCAGUAAUCCGCUGCUCUUCCCCGGCCUGCGACUGCCGCGCUUCCCACCCCUGACGCACCACAUGCUGGCGGGCGCCAGCACCCUCAGUCCGUUCUGCCGUCGCACCUCUUCCGAUUCCAACUCCCAGCACUCGAUAACCCCGCCCGUUGGCGCACGCGGCUGCGAUAGCGGCUCGCUGAUGGGCUUGGGUCCGCGUUCCGGCUCCGGAUCUGGUUCGCCCGACUACGAUGCGCAGGCGAAUAAUCAUGGGCAUCCGCUGGCGCACACGCACAUGCACAAGCAGCCGGCCGGCGAGGAGGCCGAACAGAGCCAGCGGCAGUCGCCGGACCGCAUAUCAUGACCAUGUACCUCGUACUAUGCCAGGGCGCUGGCAUUUUAUCACUGAAGGAUCGUUGUCGGACAGCAACAACUCAUACAUGCAAUAUCAGGCUAAAACUUAGGACUACACAGCAUUGCUCAUAAUCAUAAUCGAUUAAUCGAUAGGUCGACUUAUCGAUCGAACAAGGAAGAGAAGGAAGUAUUCGCAAUCCAAACUGCAGCUUGGCUCAUCGGCGCUCAUAAAUAAACAAUACUUUUACUAGGCUAAUAUAAAACAUUAGAUGGAUCAACUAGCAUUUUUUUUUUCUAUAUAUAUAUAUAAACAUACAUAUAUAUAUAUACAUAAAAUAAUGAAACCCCCAUUUUUUUUGGAACUUGUAUUUAUAAAAACUGUUGUUUUGUGUACAAGCAUGAAAUUGUAGAGAAUUGAGUAAUAAUAAAAAUAAUUAUAAUAAUAAUCAUCAUCAUUGCAGCAAUAAUGAUAAUACGUAUUAUAAUGAUAAUGACGAGAAGAGCGAAUAAUAAAGCAAAUUAAUAUAUUAAUUAAUAACGAUAUAUAUUGUUAGUGAUACUCGAUUAUGUAAGCAUAGCCUCUAAGCGCAUACUUAACAUAGAUAUGUGUGGGUGGGUGGUGUCGACUACUACUACAACUAUGAAUGGUUUUUUUUUUUUUUUUUUUUUUUUUUUUUUUUUU